GCCUUCCGUCUGUUUUCAGUAGUCGGAGAGGAAGAAAAAUGGCGGCUGCGACCGAUCAGAAGCGGGACGCCAGCCAUUGGUUUUGAGCUUUCUCACGUAAACCGAGACCGGGGCUUUACGGGACUACUUCUUUGGAAUCUACGCAAAUCAAGCUUUCUGACGGUACCCGUUUUUCUGGGUUCUGUGAAGGCUAAAUAAACGCAGAAAUUGACAUUGAAAAUAAUAGCUUUUAUAUAUAAUGAGGGGGAAAAGAGGCAGGCCGCCCAAAACCCUGCGGAUGCAGGAGCCUUCAUCCGAGCCGGAGCGUGGCUUGAGACCCAGGAGGGAGUUAAGGGCAAAGGGGAGAGGUAGUGCCGAGGUUGAUUUUGAUAGUCCCAAGAGGGGAAAUAACUCUUCAUCGAGGGGCAGAAGGAAAGUGGGAUCAUCUCGCGGUAGGGGAAGAGGCAGAGGUGGUGGUGGCAGAGGUACUAGGGGCAGACGGUCAAUCGCUAGAUCUGUGGUUUAUGAUGAUCAUGAAAGUGAUGAAGACGAUGAUGCUGUGAGUUUGAGAUCUGAGGAGGACGAGUUGAUAGAGGAAGAGACGAUAACAGACGAGGAAGAAGAGGCCCUCAACGAGGAGUCAGACCCGCUUGAGGAAAUACUCGAGGAGGAUGAUGCCAGCUACUGUACUGAAAGCAGCUUUCGGAGUCAGAGCACUCAUGGCAGCACUCCGGGGCGGAAGAGGACGCGGGUGCACUGCCCUCGCUCGCCCAUCUUUGAGGAAAAGGAGAUCCCUCCCCUGGAGCUGCCCAGAACCUCUGAGGACCUCCUGGUGCCCAGCGAGGAACUGCUCAACGUGUCCUCCAUCUACGAGGUCCUGCGCAACUUCAGCACGGUGCUGCGACUCUCUCCCUUCCGCUUUGAGGACUUCUGUGCUGCGCUGGUAGGCCAGGAGCAGUGCACGCUGAUGGCAGAGACCCACACAGCCCUGCUGAAGGCCAUCCUGCGUGAGGAGGACACCUCCAACACCACGUUCGGUCCUGCUGACCUCAAGGACAGUGUCAACUCCACCCUCUACUUCAUUGAUGGUAUGACGUGGCCCGAGGUGGUCCGUGCCUACUGCGAGAGCGACCAGGAGUACCACCAUGUCCUGCCCUACCAGGAGGUGGAGGACUACCCCUAUGGCCCUCUGGACAGUAAGAUCAAGGUGCUGCAGUUCUUGGUGGAUCAGUUCCUCACCACCAACAUCGCCCGUGAGGAGUUAAUGUCAGAGGGGGUGGUGCAGUAUGAUGACCACUGCAGGGUGUGCCACAGAUUGGGGGACCUGCUGUGCUGUGAGACCUGCUCUGCCGUCUACCACCUGGAGUGUGUGAAGCCUCCUCUGGUAGAGGUGCCGGAGGACGAAUGGCAGUGUGAGAUCUGCGUGGCACACAAGGUGCCCGGGGUCACAGACUGUGUGACAGAGAUGCAGAAGAGCAAACCCUACAUCCGCCAGGAGCCCAUCGGCUAUGACCGCCACCGGAGGCAAUACUGGUUCCUAAACCGUAGAAUAAUUGUUGAGGAAGACGGGGAGCAUGAUAAGAAGAAGAUCUGGUACUACAGCACAAAGGUCCAGCUGGGAGAGCUGAUAGAGUGUCUAGACAAGGAGUACUGGGAAAACGACCUGUGUGCCGUCCUCGAGGAGAUGAGAGAGGAGGUGCACACUCACAUGGACAUCACUGAGGACCUCACCAACAAGGCCGCGGGCAACAAUAAGGCCUUCCUCACGGCAGCCAACGAUGAGAUCCUGGAGCGUGUGCAGGGCAGGCAGGAACGGCGAGCAGCUGAGCAGGCAGAGAACGCCACUACAGACACCACCAAGAUAGAGGAAGAGACCCCCACACAAUGCUCUCAACUACCAGACCACAGAGAGCUCAAAGACCCCGAGUAUAAAGAGGAGGCAAGCUCACAAGCAGCUGCAGCUCCCCCUGCUGGAGAAGAGAACACCACCGUCCACCCCCCUAAGCCUGGCUCGUCCACCCAGGACGGCACUCUCCCUAAACAUGAACCCCCUAAGCCUGCUGAGGUGUCCUGCUCUGCCGCCUCUGAAAGUGGGGAGGCCUCCAUGGAGCCUGAGCAGGAGAGGCCAGAGGAUAAGCCUGUAGACUCCGAGUCCCAUGGAGAGGAGGACCCCUCUGCCCAGUGCCAGCCUACUCCCCCACCACCACACCCUGGAGACGAGAACAGCAACAGCAGCCACGUCUCAGCGCCUGGGGUCCUCAGGAGGCCUGAAGAGCCAAACCUCGCUGACAGGUCCUCUCAGUCCUCCAUCACCAGCCAGGACGACACGGGUGAAGGCAAGGAGAGUGGGAAUGGUGAGGGGUCAGCGUCUGGACAGACUAACAAUCGCAUAGUGACUCGUCUGCGUAACCCGGACAGCAAGCUGAGCCAGCAGAAGACCCAGGGAGAUGCCAGCCCUACACCCAGGGACAGCAAGGAGACAUCUCCUGCCAGCUCUGAGAGUGAAGUGGCUCGUCUGGGUACUGUGAGGAAAGAAUUGACGGUGAAGGGCAACCUGAACAACUUCUUCAAGCUGGGCCAGGAGGGCAAGUUCCGAGUCUACCACAACCAGUUCAGCACCAACACACUGGGCCUCAACAAGCACCAGCAUCGUGAGGACCACGACAAGCGCCGCCACCUCUCCCAUAAGUUCAGCCUAACCCCCGCCGGGGAUUUCAAGUGGAACGGCUCCAUCCACGGCUCCAAGGUGCUGACCAUCUCCACCCUGCGGCUCACCAUCAUCCAGCUGGAGACCAAUGUCCCCGCCCCCUUCCUGCACCCAAACUGGGCCUCGCACAGGACGAACUGGAUUAAAGCGGUGCAGAUGUGCAGUAAGGCUCGGGAGUUUGCCUUGGCGCUGGCCAUCAUGGAGUGUGCCAUCAAACCAGUGGUCAUGCUGCCUGUCUGGAAAGAUGCGCUUGGACACACCAGGCUCCAUCGCAUGACCUCCAUGGAGCGGGAGGAGAAAGAAAAGGGGAAAAAGAGAGAGAAAAAACUGGAGGAUGAAGAGACUAUGCAGCAGGCCACCUGGGUGAAGUACACCAUCCCCAUCAAACACCAGGUGUGGAAGCAGAAGGGGGAGGAGUACAGAGUAACUGGGUACGGGGGCUGGAGCUGGGUCAGUAAGACUCACGUCCAUCGCUUCGUUCCCAGGCUACCAGGGAACACCAACGUCAACUACCGCAAAGCACUCGAAGCAGCUAAAACUGGCAAAGAAAAUGCAACAUCCUGCCCGAACAAACGAGAAUGUUUGCCCAAAGCACCUACGAGCUCGGAAACCCAGGCAAAAGAAGAGUCUACUCCAAUUACUGAAGAAAAAGACCAGGAGGAAACCUCCACCAUGGAGUCAUCUGGAAGCACUUCACCAGGAGAGGGGCAGACUCUGAAAGGGAAGGAAGAAAAUAAUAUCACAGAGAAGGUGGAGGAGAAGAAAGAUGAUCAGGUGGUGGAGAAGACUGAGGACAAGAUGGAUGUUGACCCCAGUCCACCAGACACCUGUCUCAGUGAGGAAAAAGGUAUAGUGGACAGCAAAUGCCCCUCAUCACUGACUGACCCUGCUGUGAAGGAGGAGCCCGGGGAGGAAGAAGAAACUAAGCAGGAGGACUCUGAGGCCAAGCCACCUGUCCGCCCCUUCAACUGGGAUGUGGUGAACGUCAGCGAGGGCUUCCAGCUCCGUACGGCCUACAAGAAGAAGGUGAAGACGUCCAAGCUCGACGGGCUGCUGGAGCGCAGAGUGAAACAGUUCACCCUGGAGGAGAAGCAGAGGCUAGAGCGCCUCAAACAGCAGUCAGCCCUGGCCAAACACACAGUCUCCAAGGAGAAAGUUAACACAGGGACUCCCACCACCAUCAAGGCUUCUACAGCAGACAAGUUAGCAGUGACACCAUGCACAAGUCUGAAAGCUGAGGGACAAGCAGCCUCAGUAGUUAAAGACACAAUUGUUAAAAGGCUUGACUUUGACCAGGAGCAGCCAGUGAAAUCCCAACCCUCAGGAGAGACAGAUAAUCUGGAUGUCAGAUUAGGCUCCACCUGUAAACCCCAGGCAGCAGGAGCGACAGGCCCCAACCUCAACACCACAGGGUUGGCCAACCAUGAGAGCAGCGUUCAGGGCAAUGGUGGGGAUGCGUUAUCUCAAACAGAGCUGAAUGGAGGCUCCCAGAAAAGCAUAGACGUCAACAACAAAGUCAAUUUGACAUCUGUAGAACCGGCUUUAGGUGCGGCCAAACCUCCCAGAGCAGAAGUGACGAUAGCAGGAGAAAACGGUAGGAAGCAUGGUUAUGAGGAGACAGAGCAAGGUAAUGGACAGGGGGAGAUAGAAAGCAUGGACGUAGACCAAAGCAAAACACAUUUAGUGCAGGUGAACGGGAAAGACGCUGUUGACACCAAGACUCCUGUAGACUCAAAGAUGCACUCAGACCUGGCCAACAAAGUGGACACCAAGGUCAUGCUCCAGAUGUUAGAGGGUGAAAUCAAAACACUGCCAGUGAAGGAACCUGUAAAAUCCAUUAUGAAUGGUACUCUCUCUCAGGACGGGUUAAAGGUCAACAACACUGUGUUAGCCACCAGCCUAGCCUUGGAGGACGUAGAGAGAAAGGUUGUGGUGUCCGAGCCUGACUACUCUGUCACGUCGUCAAUGUUAGGGCCGCCAACUGGUGUUCCCACGGUAAGCAACAGCACCAAGUCUGAGCCAAUGGAGAUUGGGCAAACAGCAUCCAAUAAGAUCACUCCAUUUCCUAUCCCCACUGCAGAGGAGUCCAGCUUGAGUAACAACACCACAGAGAACAGCAGUAGCAGUACUGAGGUGCUGAAGACUAUCACCCAAGUUACCACAACCACGACUACCACCAUGUCAACAGAGUCUCGCACGGUGCAGAUAGCCAAGGUCUCCAGCAGCACUAAGCCUGCAGUGACGCCUGCUGCAGAGAGCAGUGCUGUAUCCACCCUCACCACCAUGACCAAGACCACCGUCACCAGGGUGUGCUCCCCGACCCUCGGGGCAGCCGUCUCCGAGGAGACCAAGACUGUUGUCACUGCAACGUUGACAGAUGCCAAAUCCGGCCCCUCAGGCUCUUCAGUCACCUCCAUGACGGUCAGUAAGGAGUACUCCACCAGAGACUGUGUACGGCUGCUAAAGUUCUCCCGCUCCAAGAAGACCCGCUCUGGCACGGCCCUCCCCUCUUACCGCAAGUUUGUCACCAAGAGUAGCAAGAAGAGCAUCUUUGUGCUGCCUAAUGAUGACCUGAAGAAGCUGGCGAGGAGAGGGGGCAUCAGAGAGGUACCCAUCUUCAACUACAAUGCCAAGCCAGCCCUGGACAUCUGGCCCUAUCCCUCUCCCAGACCCACCUUUGGAAUCACGUGGAGAUACCGUCUCCAGACUGUGAAGUCUCUGGCGGGGGUCAGUCUGAUGUUGCGGCUGCUCUGGGCCUGCCUGAGGUGGGAUGACAUGGCUGUCAAGCCCUCCCCUGUUGUAGGAACCACCCGCACAGAAUCCUCGGAGACGGCGAUCACCACAACAGAGAUCAUCAAGCGGCGAGAUGUGGGGCCGCACGGCAUCCGGUCUGAAUACUGCAUCAGGAAGAUCAUCUGCCCAAUUGGCGUUACCGAAGCUCCCAAAGAAACUCCCACUCCCCAGAGGAAAGGCCUGCGCUCCAGCGCUCUGAGGCCAAAGAAGCCUGAACCGGCCAAGCAGACUGGACCCAUCAUCUUAGAGACGUGGGUGGCCGAGGAGGAGCUGGAGAUCUGGGAGAUCAGAGCCUUUUCAGAAAGGGUAGAGAGGGAGAAGGCCCAGGCUGCAGACCAGGCUAAGGUUAGUAGAACGCUGAAGACAGCAGAGGAGGCCAAGGCCCAAUUGGAGGCUCAGCUAAGGCACCAGAGAUUGGCUGCUCAGCAGAAACGGUUGGAGCAACAGAAGCCUGGUGCCACCACCUCCACCCCCACCAUCACCCCUACAACCUCAGCCUCUGGCACUCCGGCAUCCCUGACCAGCCAGGUCACCCCGGGGACUAAACUGGUCCUGGCCACCAAGCUGGGGACACCUGUCACAUUCCAGCAGAACAAGAACUUCCAUCAGUCAUUUACUUCCUGGGUCAAGCAGGGCCAGGGUAGUCCAGCCUCCAUUUGCUCACGGGCCACCGUGGCCAACAGCAUGGUCACCACCUCUGGACAAACGUUCCAGAUCUCUGCCAGCCCGGUGACCAUGGCUGGCCAGGUCAUCACCGCCAAGCUACCCAUUCCGGCCAACAGCAAGAUUGUUACGGUCAACAUGCCAACCACACAAGGAGGUAUGGUGCAAGUCCAGCAGAAUGUCCUGGGCAUUAUUCCAUCCAGUACCCCAGGCAACCAGCGGACCUACUCCUCAUUCCAGAACCGCAACGCCACCAUCAACAUCAGACCCAACACCUCCACCUCAACCACCACUCAGCCGGUCAUUUCCACCGAAGCCCAGAUCCGUCCGGGCAUGACGGUGAUCCGAUCGCCCCUGCAGCAGGGCACCACCAUGGGCAAAACCAUCAUCAGAACCCCCUUGAUGAUGCAACAAGGUAUUCUACCAGCCAGCCAGCAGCAGGUGGUGACUCAGAUCAUCCGGGGCCAACCUGUCUCCACAGCCGUUUCCAGUGCCAGCCCUGUGCAGACCAGUGCAGGCCAGAGGAUGCUGGGUGCCGCCCCGUCCCCCCGUCCUGUCACCCCUGCCACCGGGCAGUCCCCAUCACCAACCACCCCCCAAGGCAGCCGACCACAGCAGGGCCAGGUCAAACUCACCCUGGCCCAGCUCACCCAGCUAACGCAGGGGGCACAGGGAGGGAACCAGGGUCUCACAGUAGUAAUCCAGGGACAGGGACAGACCACAGGCCAGCUGCAGGUCAUCCCCCAGGGGGUGACAGUCAUCCCAGGCCCUGGGCAGCAGCUCAUGCAGGCUGCCAUGCCCAAUGGCCAGGUGCAGCGCUUCCUCUUCACCCCAGGGGCAACAGCCCCUGUCCCCAACCCCGCCACCACGGCCAGUGCUGCUGUCACCCCCGUCACAGCCACCACAACAACACCCUCAGGGCCAGCACUGUCUCAGCCUCCAGUUCAGACUCCCGCCACCUCUCAAGCACCGGCACCACCAGUCCAGCCCCCUCAGCAGGCUAUCGCUCGUGUCCAGCCCCCUCAACAGGCUAUCGCUCGUGUCCAGCCCCCUCAACAGGCUAUCGCUCGUGUCCAGCCCCCUCAACAGACUAUCGCUCGUGUCCAGCCCCCUCAACAGGCUAUCGCUCGUGUCCAGCCCCCUCAACAGGCUAUCGCUCGUGUCCAGCCCCCUCAACAGGCUAUCGCUCGUGUCCAGCCCCCUCAACAGGCUAUCGCUCGUGUCCAGCCCCUCAACAGGCUAUCGCUCGUGUCCAGCUCCCUCAACAGGCUAUCGCUCGUGUCCAGCUCCCUCAACAGGCUAUCGCUCGUGUCGAGCCCCCUCAACAGGCUAUCGCUCGUGUCGAGCCCCCUCAACAGGCUAUCGCUCGUGUCGAGCCCCCUCAACAGACUAUCGCUCCAGUCCAGCCCCUCAACAGGCUAUCGCUCCAGUCCAGCCCCUCAACAGGCUAUCACUCCAGUCCAGCCCCCUGCCCUCGUUCCUGCCCCCUCCAGUGUCCACAUAUCAGACUCAACCCCCUCAGGCUCAAGUCCACAUCCCCCUCCAGUCCCCCACUGCCUUACCCAUCCAGCAGAUAGCCCAGAUCCCAACCUCUCCACAACCGGUCCAUAUGAAGACUCUCUCGGUCUCCCCCUCCGUCACCCAGGCCACAGUGAGGCCCAUCCAGGCCCAUGCUCAACUCCAGCCCCAGGUUACGGCUCAGAUCAGGCCCCAGCAGCAGCUGCAGCUCCACCACCAACCCCAGCUGAUCACAGUGCCGGGGCUGCAGCAGCAGGUCCAGGUGCUGGGCACCAUCCAGACCCACGUGUCGGCCCAGCUCCAGGCCCAGCAGGGUGGGGCGGUGCCCCAGCAGAUCAAGCUGCAGCUGCCUAUUCAGAUCCAGCAGGCAGGAGGCCAGGUGCAGGCCCACCAGAUUCAGAACGUGGUGACCAUCCAGACAGCCAGCAUGCAGGACCACCUGCAGAGGAUCCAGCAGCUCAGAGAGCAGCAGCAGAAGAAGAAGCAGCAGGAGGCCAAAAGGGAGCAGAGCCUGCAGGCCUCCAGCCCCAGCGACACCAUCCAGAAACAGGUGGUGAUGAAGCAGAAUGCUGUGAUAGAAAAUCUGAAACAGAGGAAGACCAUGACUCCAGCAGAGCGGGAGGAGAACCAGAGAAUAAUCGUCUGCAACCAGGUGAUGAAGUUCAUCCUGGACAAGAUCGACAAGGACGAGAAGCAGGCGGCUAAGAAGAGGAAGAAGGAGGAGUCUGUGGAGCAGAAACGCAGCAAGCAGAAUGCCACCAAGCUCUCGGCUCUGCUCUUCAAGCACAAAGAGCAGCUCAAGGCUGAGAUCCUGAAGAAGAGGGCUCUACUGGACAAGGAGCUGCAGCUAGAG